AUGGAUACUUCGGCCGACGAGCGUCAUCCGUCCGACAGCGACGCUGACUGCAGUGACUGGGUUCUUGUAACGCUUCCACCAAACUCGAGCCCCGACCAUGCUCCCCCUCCCCCUUCCACCGACGGUGAAUCCACCGACAGCGAAGCAGACGUGAGCAUCGAUGAGAACGACCCGUGGAUAGUGGCUUUCAAUGCACGUGUCGCUCGCGCUCUCAUCGAGUUCGCGCCACAACCCACUCUCCCCCAGUCACAGCUAUAUAAUGGCAAGAAUCGCCCCCCUCUCUGGCGAUUCGGCUACGCCUUCGAGUUGGACGUCGCCUUCGAGUAUGCCGUCCGACACAAACUCCGGAUGCUACCCGGCAUUGACAAGGCGGCCGAGGUUCCCACCUUUGAAGAAGUCCUUGCUCAAGAGGGCAGAUCGGCGGGUGGUAUGACGGCGACCGCCCUCGUAAUCAUGGCAAAGCACCUUAGCAAGAAGUGCGGCUUCUUCUUGGAAACUACGCGUACGCUCUCGGUUGGCCGGGAGCUCAAGUUCGUCGCCUACCUGUGGUCGAACUACGACUACAACGAGCGGAUACGUUUGUGCCGUAAUUACGAUCUUGUCCUCCACAUCCUCGACAAGGCGUUCAAGCCGUUUCCUGGAGCGGUAGCUGAGCCAUUCUGGUACAUCGAUGUGGAUAAUGAUUGUCUGCUGGCCUCCUCUCUCCCCUCCACCGACAGCGGAUCCACCGACAGCGAAUCCACCGACAGCGAAACGGAUACUCCAAAGGAGCCUGACCCGUGGCUUGAGGCUUUUAAUGCACGUGUCGCUCGUGCUCUGAUCAAGUUCGCGCCGCAACCCACACUCCCCCAGUCACAGCUAUAUAAUGGCAAGAAUCGCCCCCCUCUCUGGCGGUUCGGCUACGCGUUCGAUUUGGACGUCGCCUUCGAGUACGCCGUCCGACACAAACUCCGGAUGCUACCCGGCAUUGACAAGGCGGCCGAGGUUCCCACAUUUGAAGAAGUCCUUGCUCAAGAGGGCAAAAUGGCGAGUGGUAUGACGAUGACCGCCCUCGAAAUCAUGGCAGAAGACCUUUCCGAUAAGUGCGACUUCCUCUUGGACACUUCGCGUACGCUCUCGAUGGGCCCGGAGCUCAAGUUCGUCGCCUACCUGUGGUCGAACUACGACUACAACGUGCGGAUAAAGCUCUGCCGUAAUUACGAUCUUGUCCUCCACAUCCUCGACAAGGCGUUCAAGCCGUUUCCUGGAGCGGUAGCUGAGCCAUUCUGGUACAUCGACGUGGACAAUGAUUGUCUGGAAAUAUAA